CACGUCUCCCAACUCUUCCCUUUACUCUGCAGCGAUCUGUGGGGGGGAUAUUCAUAAGGAUACAGGUCAAAUUCAGUCUCCGAAUUAUCCCGAUGACUAUCGGCCAUCCAAGGAAUGUACCUGGAGGAUCACUGUUGCUGAAGAGUAUCACGUAGGCCUCGUCUUCCAGGCCUUUGAGAUUGAAAGACACGAUAGCUGUGCGUAUGACUACCUGGAGGUGCGCGAUGGAGACAGUGCUACCUCGCCCCUGAUUGGCCAGUUCUGUGGUUAUAAUAAACCGAGUGACAUCAAGUCCAGCUCCAACAAACUCUGGAUGAGGUUUAUGUCGGACGGUUCAAUCAGCAAGGCUGGUUUCGCAGCAAACUAUUUCAAGGAGAUGGAUGAGUGUGCCCAGCCGGACCAUGGGGGUUGUCAGCAGCACUGUGUGAACACUCUGGGCAGUUAUCGAUGUGCGUGUGAGCCAGGCUUUGAGCUGGCUGCAGACCGCAGGACGUGUGAAGCUGCAUGUGGGGGCUUUCUCACCAAACUCAAUGGUACCGUCACGAGCCCAGGCUGGCCCAAGGACUACCCGACCAACAAGAACUGUGUGUGGCAGCUGGUGGCACCUGCCCAGUACCGGAUCUCGCUGCAGUUCGAGGUGUUUGAGCUGGAGGGUAAUGACGUCUGUAAGUAUGACUAUGUGGAGAUUCACAGCGGCCUGUCCUCUGAAUCCAAACUACAUGGCAGAUUCUGUGGCUCUGAGAAGCCCGACAUCAUCACGUCGCAGUUCAACAACAUGAGGAUCGAGUUCAAGUCUGACAACACAGUGUCCAAGAAAGGAUUCAAAGGCCAGUUCUUCUCAGAUAAAGACGAGUGCUCGGUGGGUAACGGUGGCUGUCAGCAUGAGUGUCUGAACACGCUCGGGAGUUACAUCUGCCAGUGUCGCCAUGGCUUCACCCUGCAUGAGAACGGCCUUGGUUGUAAAGAAGGUCAGUGA